CACACACACACUGCGAACCUCGGAGCUGAGAAGGGACGGGGUUACACAUCUCUAUGUAUAUACCCUGUCAGGCCGGUGAAGGAGGCUAGUCAGCACUUAGACGUCAUCUUAUAUUUCUGUGUCUUUUUUGGGAGCACCUUGUAAAGCAAUUUGGAUAUAAUCUGAUGAGGAGCAGCGGCUGAUUCAUGAGACGACCAAUGCGCGGGGCCUGCGCACCCACCUCGAGAGGCUGUAAAGCAGAGCUGUAACAGAGCAGCGGCUGAUUCAUGAGGGGACCAAUGGCAAUGCGCGGGGCCUGCGCGCGCACAACCCUCUUGCUCGCCUCAGAUAUUCAUGUAAAUGAUCUAAUUAUGCUUCUAACUUACAUAGCAGGCGCUAGGUGCUUGUGUAUGGUCAAUGCUAUAUAGUGUGAGAUCAAGAACAGAAAUAUGCAAUCCUCUACACUGUACGUGCUUGUUGCUGCGCUGGUGAUAGUGGGACAGCAUGCUGCUCAGGGUCAAAAUGAAGUGGUAUUUCAAACCAUCAGUCUCAGCGCUAGUAGGGGGCCAUCUGACGUAUUUGCCCAAUUAUCGAUCAACGGAGUACCAAGUUUCUUCAUCAAUCGUCCAACAACAACACAACUCGAUAUCCCCGAAGGAUCGAGUAUAUUUUACAAUGGAAAUAGUUUGGCCAUAACUGGUGCCGAUCCAAUUGUGCUGACAGCAAGUAGAUUUCAGUAUUUGUAUCAAGAUCCUGGGAGUUUCAGAUUUCGAGAUGUCACUGGACCAAUCCCGGGUGCCGGUGGACAACCUGGACCUGGAACUUUGUACUAUGAUGGAGAUACAGCACUUUUUACAAAUUCAGAUUUAUUUAUUGGUACUUAUGAAGGUCUUGCAGCUCAAUUUCCUGUCCCACCUUCACAAGUGACAAUCAGUACUCCACGAGUAAACAAUGAACUAGCUCUCAACCUCCAAUCCAGUCCUUCUGAUCCUGUUACUGAUGGAAAUGUCAUUGAGCUCACAGGAUCAGAUGCGUUCAUCCUAGGAUCAGGCGAAUCAUUGACGUAUGUAUCAAACAGUCUACGAUAUCGAAGAGGAUCUGUAACUCAAAGGGUUUUUAAUCCUAUCACCAAUUUUUAUGUUCUUGAGGAUAUCACUGAGAAUGGACAGCAAGGCAGAACCCUGAGGCGGUUUACUGGCGGCUCAAGCGAGGUUAUCACAGGGCCUGGAAUUCUUAGGGUGGGAACUUCUCCUAAUGACGGUUCGAGGGUCGCUUUUUUCAGUCCAUCUACUAGUGUCAAUCAAGAAAUAAAUAGCGGCAUUAUUGAUGGACAGCUUUCGUUUGAUGCAGUCCAAAACAGUGCUCAAAUCUCGGAUAUUUUUACAAAUCCAGGGACUCCUGCACGUCUGAUCGACUUGGGUGGUACAUCAAAAACCUUUACAUACCCUACAGCAAGCAGAGUUACCUUUGAUGAUACCUCUGGUAGAAGAGAGAUUCGUGUUUUCGAUAGAUUUAACCAACAGCUUGGCGCCUUUUUCGAUUCUGACUUGAGUUCCUUCCUCAACCACCAAGUCCAAACAACUAGUUCUGGAACUGCAUCUUUUGAUAUUCCUGAUGGAGGUGUGACACUUAUUAGCAAUUCUAAUGAUGGGCAAAUAUUUAUCUACCCGAGUAGAAAUACACUCCUGACUGGUCGCAUCAAUGAAGCCCGCAGUUCAAUUACUAUUCCCCCGAAUCCUUCCCCAACUUUCAGUAUAUCAUCAAGUGGUGGCUCUUCCGUCUUGUCAAUCAAUGGUGAUGAAACGGUCACAAUAUCAGACAGACCACCAAUAAUUGUUAACAGUGGACAAUCUUGCAACUAUAAUGGUGCAUCUGUUACGGUGUAUAAUAAUGGAGCACCAGGUACACCUGUUUCUGGUACCCCUAUUACUGUAAAUUCCUUGACAACGUUUGUGACACCUGGAAACUGUUUGAAUACAUUUACCAAUACUGCACCCAGAGAUUUACCUGGACCUGGUGUCGCGUAUUCUGACAAUCAAAAUCGAGCAUUUUUCACUAAUGAAGUACAAGUGAUAAAUCGUAUCAAUGGUUUCCUUAACAGCCGCCCCCAUGUGAGAAUUACAACCACUACUCGUACUGAAGGCGGCAGACGCUUUGUUGACAUUGUGAAUCCAGAAGGUAUUCGUCUAGUCGAGGGGAGUACAUCAACCACUACCAAUGUGGGAUCACGGCAAGGCCUUAUCUACACAGGGAACACCGUCCGUUCUGUCAAUGGGUUUUCCGUUCCUUCAUCAUUUACUAUUCGAUAUGUUGUAUCUACCACACCUGGUGUUGACGAUACAGUUGAAGUUAUAAAUCCUGAUGGAGAUGUUUAUUUCACCACAACUGCUUCCAGUAGCUUUAGGUAUCGACAAGGAGGAGUGCUUCAACCUACACCUACAACUACUACCUCGUAUUCUGGAGGUGGUGUUUUCUACUUCAAUCCGAACACCGGUAAUGUGGUUUACAAUGAUGAUACUACAACUUCAACAGGUUUGGUUACGGAUCUGACAACUUCAGGAAUUGUUUUCGAUACAAACACCAGGAAUAUCACCACGUUGAAUUUCUUUGAUGGUCGUACAACUACACGGUACGAUGGAAGCUCUACAAGCUUCUUAUCUGGUCCUGGUACAAUUUUCACAUCCGGUAAUGAAGGAUUUUACUCCACAGACAGCACGACCACCACCAGAGUAGUUACAGAAAUAACAAACAAUAUACCGGUUGUAGUACGUGUGAACCAAACAACAGGAGGAGUAACAAUAUUUAAUCCUGGAACACAAACUACGAUUUUCAAUUUCACCACCGGUUCAGAGCGCACUACUGUAAGCACUGGAACAACGAUAACGUACACCAAUGGUGUCCUAUUGCUACCCGGCCGCAACAUUACAACUGAUAGUUUCACCUACUUUAACGGUAUUAGCACGCAAGUGUUUACUUCAGGAGAUACUGUGACUUUUUCUGGACCAGGCCAAGUGAUAGUUAACGAACAAACCACUGAAACGAUUUUCAUUGAUAACCAAAAUACGAACAAUCGAAUAAACAAUGUCGUUAACAAUGUUCCUGUGGUUCCACCAGUUCUAGUACGACCCACAACCACUUCAUUCAUCUCUAAAGUCGCGGACGUCUUCCCACUCUUUGGACAGAGAGUCACGGUGUAUCAAUCAGCUAAUGUGAAUCUACGCUGUGUGAUUCUUCAAAGUGUUCCAACAUCAUCUUUCAUGUUCUUCAGAGAUGGAGUUGCAUUGGACGGCUCAGAGAUAGGUUCUACCAUUACCAUGGUGUCAGAGAAUGAACAAAUUCUGACUGUCAACACCUUCAAUGUCAGUGCUGCCGGUAGAUAUGAAUGUCGCGUGAGUAAUGGUCCUGGACGAGACAAUCUGUUCGCAGAUAUUUUCAUCAGACCUCCAGUUGCACCGAUGAUUCAAAAUAACUUCUUUCCCUCAAUUCCGGAGCUUCCUGGACUGACAGUCACUGCUCGAGAUAUACAACCACAAAAUCCAGUAAUGAUCAUCAUUCGGGACAGAACACCUGGACAAACUCUAGAGCCUAAUCCACUGCUUCUCACGAACACCGUCAACAUUGCUUGCAAAGAUGAUGUGGGUCUUCCAAGACCUACAAUCGUAUGGACUGCAACGGACUCUAAUGGAGCUGAGGUUCCGAUCAACAUGUCUAACAUAUUCGUGCCACGUGCGGGACGCAGUAUCUACACAAUCAACACUGACAACACUGACCCUGACAACACUCUGUCCAUCACCUACGAGUGCACAGCAAGUAAUGAGGCUGGUGAGGCUACUGGACUGGUGACCAUUACACCAAGAUCAUACGUUUGUGAGGGUAAUGUCUUUGGACCCUGCUCUGUUACUUGCGGCUUUGGUAUUCAGAGUUCUGCUCCAAUUAACUGUCAAGUCAGGACCAAUGAAAAUAUUGCGUCCAUUGAUGCUGCUGAUUUACCUCAGGGACUAUACCCAACGCAAUUACAGAUUUGUCAAAGCAGUGUCAUGCCUUUCUGCCCAGCGAUAACCUAUGAAUUUAACACUACCGCCUUCGGAGCUUGUUCACGUACCUGUGGUGGUGGAGUGCAAGAGAGAAAUAUAACCUGUUUUCGUUUGAUUGGUGGAGUGAGAGAUAUGGCCGUGGAUGAUAUAGAUUGUAUCGUCUUUGGACUGAAACGGCCUGCUGCUGCACAAGAGUGCUUUCCUCAGAAGUGUCCAAGAUGGAUGAUUCUCAGCGCCUACUCUCCAUGCUCUAGUACCUGUGCUGGUGGAGUUCGCUCAAGAAAUGUGUCCUGUGUGCAAUUCAUUGCCCAAAUUAAUGCAACGACGGGAGAGUUUGUCUGUGAUGCUGACGGAAAUCCGAUUGGAGAGAGUAUAGUACUGUCAGAUGCAAGCUGCUUUGCUGGUAAUAUGCCGAGAAGAGUAGACGCCUGCAACACUCAGAUACCCUGCCCUCGUAGAUGGUCCCCUGGGACAUUUGCACCUUGUGAUGCUAACUUCUGCCAAGAAAGGAGUCUUACGUGUACCGGAUUUGAUCCCAGUGAUCCAGAGGAACAAUGGUUGCUUGACGUUUCCGAGUGCGCGAAUCUCCCUCUACUACACACAGUCCGCAGCUGUGGAGGGGGGACUUGUGAUGCUGGAAUAUGGAUGACAGAGAAUUUGGGUACUUGCACAGUGACCUGUGGGAUCGGCAAUCAAGAAAGGAAUGUUUUCUGUGUGUCGCGUGCUGAUGGUUCCCGAAUCAAUGAGGGAUUCUGUAACAUUAAUGAACGACCACCGGUUUUCGAAACAUGUAUACUUUUUAAUUGCCCAGGACGUUGUGAUUUCGAGCCCCCUGACUGUCGAGUAUUUAGACUACUGAGGCGCUGUAAGGACCUGGCCGUCGGCAUGCCCUGCUGUAAAAGCUGCCCCCUGCAAUUUGUUGACAAUACUCCUACUCUGAUUACUAGAGACAACCUUGUUCUGUCGUUGGAUCAGAAUAGGUACAAUGUGGCUGCGGGAACAGAUUUAAGGAUCUGCUGUGUGGCCUCGUCCAGUACUCCAAAUGCCUUCCUGCCUUUCCUCUUCAAUUGCAACUUCUUUGCCGAAGAGAUUGAAAGGGAGGUUAUGGUAGGAAAAGUAUUAGACAACACUGCGUGUGUUACCUUCCCUACUUCUGGACUUGCGAGUGGCAGUGGAUUCCUUUUGUCACUAGAGGAUGAUCAGGGGAUGGUGCGCGACAUUGCUAAUGUCACCAUUGUUUAGUGAUUUCUCAGCAUAGGAAGAUUUGACUUCCACUUUCAGUGUAUGUAUGCUUAUAAUUUUUGUCAAGUUCAAUGCCAGUUUUUUGUAUAUAGCUCUUGCUUUGGGCGUCAUAUACUCCUUUUAGACUUUGCGUAUAACCGUACCAUAUUUUUGUGUAAAGAAUGUGAUUAACUUAA